CUUAUCAUCACAUCUCACGUUAUCUUCUUUCCAUCGCUGUACAUUCGUUUCAGCUUGUCCUUGGAAACCAGCCUUGAUAUCCCAUCCACUCAUUCAUUCACCAUGCAUUUCACCACUGCCCUCGCCUUGGCCUCCAGCAUUGUGUUGGUCGCGGCCCGUCCCACCGUCCAAGUCAGCGAAGACGACGCGAUCCUCUACGGCAACGGCCGCUUCACCGUAGUCAAGCGCGCGGAUAUCGAAGAACUCCAAGCACUCCGCGAGUCGGGCGUCACGCCCCCCAAGCCCGGCUACCUCAACGACACCCUCACCACCGCGAGCGGCGAGGAAGUCAACAAGAUCGGCGCAGCCCCCCUCAGCAAGCGCGCAAACACCAUCGUCAUCCCCAACCCGGCCUCCGACUUCCUCGGCUGGGACACGCAGAUGAGCGCCGUAGUCAAGGGCGCACCCACCACCCUCACCGUGUCCAGCGGCUACAACGUUGCCAACUCAAUCUCUGUCGGCGUGGGCGCCAGCUUGACGCUGGUCAAGGACUUCCUCGAGGUCUCUACAAGCAUUGAUUACAGCCAGACAUGGACGUCGACCCUGAGCCAGGGGUUCUCAGCGGAGGUCCCGGCUGGGAAGUACGGUGCUUUUGUAAGCAAUGCGUGGACUCACCGUGAGAGCGGAAAUAUCUGGCAGGGAAGCAUUGGUGGUGAUGGCACCUUGACGUACUACCAGGCGGAGUCCUUCAAGAGCAAGAACUACGAUGGGCUUGCGUGGGUUGAUGGUGUGAUUGUCCUCUGCACGGGCGACGAGAUCCCGUUGAGGAGGUGUCUUGGUGAGGGAACGUUGUGA